GUCACCGAGCGUGGCCGUGACGCAGCCAGUCUUGUGUAAUCGCUGCUUGGUGGCGCGGGAUUAGUAUUGUUAUCAUCUUCGUUGCCACGUUUCACAAGUACUAUAUUUGUGAUGACGUACAUUUCUCAUUGGUAGUGACUGUCGUAGUGUCAGAGAAAUCAGACCCGUAGUUGGUAACAUGAAAGAAUCGGAUUCCCGAGGGACAUCACUAUGGCCAGCAGCAUUCCACCUGUUGACUACCUGCGCUUGAAACUCUUUUGUAUCCUCGAGGGUCCAGGAGCAGCUACACUCAAAUUUAUCUUGAAACGCGGCACUAAAGUCCCGAACCCUCCCGUCUCCUUUCUAAACUAUCUCAAUAGUCUCAAGAGUGAAAAUUCUACCGCAAAUUUUUGUAAACUUACUAACAGAAAGAAGAAGGAUGUCUUUAAUAAGACUGAAAUGGAUCAGAUCAAUGCUGAUCAUCUGUGGGAAAACUUUGAUUUGACUUUUCUAUUUAAAGCCAUUAGAUAUGGCUGUGAAAACGUUGAAGGGUUUGAUCACCAUGCGUGGAAUGAUCAUACCAAACUAGAGGGUAUGGUAAAGGAAAUAAAAGACGAGAGAAACACAGUUGUGCAUGAAAGGCGACAAUUAACAGAUCAUGAGUUCCAAGGCAAAAUGACGCAUCUGAAGGAUCUAUUCUUAAAGGCUCUCGAUGCAACAGAACAUAAAUUCGGUGCCUCCAUUCAGGAUAUUACACAAGAAAAACGUAGGAUAGAUGAUGUUAUCCAUGAUAUUUUAAGCUGCUUCACAAUAGAGGGAAUUCUUCGUCUGGAUACGCUCAGACACCUGCCUGUGUUCAAAAACAUGUUUUUCACACGCCUGCGGGACAUCUACAAAAAAUCACAAAUAUUUGAUCCACUUUGUUUCCUUAGCCGUGUUUCAAAGAAAGAUUUAAACAUCCAGGAUAUAUUCACAAAAAUCAUUAUAAAAAAAGAACCUGGGGAUAAAGAAAUUGACUACUUGGACAUUUUAGUCUACACGCAAUCAUUAGGACUACAACAACAGGUCACCUCGUCGACUCAGCAACAACAACCCAUCCAUGUUAUACAACAACCGCAGUCCACCAUGUGUACUCAGCAACCACAACCCAACGUGUCUACACAGCAUCCACAACCCACCUUGUCUACACAGCAUCCACAACCCACCGUGUCUACUCAGCAACCACAACCUCCCUUGCCCAUUCAGCAUCCACAACCCCCCUUGCCCAUUCAGCAAUCACAAUCUAUUACUUUUACUCAGCAACCGACAGCGUCUACUCAGCAGCCACAUCCGACCGUGUCUACUCAGCAGCCACAACCCACUUUGUCUACUCAGCAACCACAAUCGACACAUACCACUUUCCAGACUGACUUAGUUCAUCCACAACUUCUAUUAAUCAAAGGUGUGGCCGGAAGUGGCAAGACUACCUUACUUACCUUUAUUGUGUCAGAGUGGAUUAAACAUGAGUGUGAACGCCGUAUGAAACAUCUAGACGUAUAUGACUUUGUUCUGCACGUGUUGUGCCGUGAUGGUAAUUAUGAAUCUCUUGAGGAAUUUCUCGAGCAAGUCUUCCCAGAAGCCUCAUCAUUCAAGCCUUACACAAUGACUCUUAUUACCAAGUUUAAGAUCUUAUUCUUAAUAGACGGUCUUGACGAACGUAACAGUUCGUCGCGGAAGCUGGUAAACGACAUCUUAAAACGUUCUGAAAUGUUGCCAGGAUGCACUAUAAUCUGCACCUCUCGCCCAGAGACUGUAGUAGACUUUCUUCAGUCAGUCUCCAAUAAAUACAAAAAAAGUCAGGGGAUAAUGAUGGGUAUUUCUCAAAACGACAGAACCAAGUUCGUCACGAGAUAUUACAUGUCCCUCAGUGUUACUGGAUCCCCAAACUGCGAUAAGCUUGCGCAAGUCAUGGAGAGGGUAGGUUGGAGAGAUCAUUUUGGGCUACCUCUUAACUUACUCUUUCUGUCUACAUUGUUCCGUGACAAACCAGAAUGUGUUAGGGAAAAUACUACCCAAACCAGCUUGUACCUCGCUAUGCAUGACUGGAGCCUGGAGAAAUUGCAAUAUAGACUUGCAGAACACCCGCAGACACGGGAUUUCAAUCGAUUAUAUCGUGAGGAGAGCAUUGAAAUAGUAUUAGAUUUAAUAUACCAGGUAUCCUUUGAAUGUCUUAUGGAAAAUAGACAGUUUCUUUCUAGAGAUGAUAUGAAACAACUGAAACAUUGCUGCAAAGAUCAAGAGCUGCCAAGAGAAGAGAUGUUAGGGUCUUUCUUUUCAUUAAGAGAAACAGUGACGACUAGAGUCAGUCAAGUAUAUCAUUCACCACAUAAAGGUAUCCAGGAAUUUUUCGCUGCAAAGCAUAUUGUGCGCAUUUUAAAUCAGUCAUCUGACGAAAGUGUUAGGCGGCUGCUUCGGCAACCGACGAAAGAAACCAUUCAAACACUGAAGAAUCUCCUUCUACACGUUGCGGGUCUCCUCAGUCAGAAGGGCGUACAGUCUCAUCCAAGAGCCAUAAAGGAAGUGGUGGAUCUGCUGAAGGAAAGUGGUAUGGACAGCUGUAGGGAUUGGUUAGUCCUGUUGGAGGAUACCGAAGUUAACGCAAUCGCCUUGAAAUGCGUUGCAGAGCACAUUGAACGUGAUAAUGAUGUGGAGGAAGAAUUAAUAAUAACGGACAACACCAUAUCAAGCGCAAUGGCCCUUUUGCCUAUCAUUCCUCGCAAAACAUUAUAUAUUCACAAUGAGAAAAGGGACCUAGAUGUGCAUAAACUUGUUCAGGAUUGUGCAGACCACACCAUCAGUGAGAUGUUACAUUGGCACCAUUACGAACAUCCCAUCCUACAUAUUACCUCGGACUCCUCAUUACGUGUCUUGCCAAAGACCCGUCUUAGAUCGUUUAUGGGUCACUUGAGUGAUGAAGGAAUACGAUUACUUCAAGAUUUUAAGGAACUUCAGAUCCUUUAUCUCACAGUGUCGGACGAAAAAGAUGCCCAAAGACUUUUGUCGAUUCUUCCCGAUGCCUGCUCAUCAUUGCCUACUCUGUCUUGUCUUGGUCUCCACAUUCCUGUACCAGCAGUAGCAUCAAACGCUCUCACUACACCACUGCCAGAUGUCACUGAUGAUGAUAAUGACCAUACAGUAAUCCUCGUGCUGUCGGGCGUUGACGAAACACUGAGAGAGAGAGCGUGGCGUAUAGCAAAAGCUUUAAAACCGCCCUCAGGAGAGUACAAGAACAUCACGUUCCCUGGCAGCAUCAUGACAGCAAAUGCAUGGUUGUUAGUCUUGUAUGACCUGUAUAAGGCUGGUGUUAAAGUGAGAGAAAGUAUUCAUGUGUCGGACGCUAGCUCUCUGAAGACGAUAGAGGUACAGGAGCUGGACUUCAACGCUAAGGAUUGGAUGCUCGGUGGCUUUACACAGUUCGCCCGAUGACUACCAGUGGAUGAUAUUAUGAUCUUCGAAGAGAUGGAUAGUUGCGAAGUUGUGAUCACAGUGAACGUUCAUAAGAUAAGCAACACCUUUCAGGAGCUCGAGGAAAGCUAAAAACUUGUUAAAAAUCUCUCUCUCUCUCUCUCUCUCUCUCUCUCUCUCUCUCUCUGUCUGUCUGUCUGUCUGUCUCUCUCUGCCUGCCUGUCUG